AUGAUCACAGCCGCAGCUCUACAUAUGUCCAAUGUUCUAAGACCAGAUAUCGACAAGUCGCUGGUGACACCAAAUCACGCCAGCAACUGGAAUCCAUCUCGAAGAGCUAUGCUUGAUGCAUUGGCGGCUAAACAAAGGGCGCUGUAUCUUCUCCGCAUGGCAUUUCAGGACCUGGAUACCCAUGGUCGUGAUAUGGUCUUGACAGCUGCGAUGCUUCUUGUGACCGCUGAUAUGAUCGACUCGGGGAAACAUGGCUCCAAGGCACAUCUUGAAGGAAUCGGCUGGUUGCUCAGUUAUGCUCAGCCGGCUAACAGCGUGGGCGAGAUGCUCAAGGACUUUGUCAUAUCAGAUUGUUACAUCUUUUAUGUAUUCGCUUUGACAUUCAUGGACCAGAUUCCGCAGUCUUCUCUUGCACUCAACACAACAAUCGCGUCGUCUGCUAUUCACUAUGCCGCCCGGAACAGCUUUAUUUGCUGCCCUGCUGAGAUCCUCCAGAUUCUAUGGUCCACUGCAAUAAUCUUGCAGAGGCAGUCACCCAAAAACGAUGGCGUGGAUGAAACGGCUGCGAAAGGUCUUGAAUUAUUCAUGGACGCCAUGACAUUCAACGUUGAAACUUGGUCUUGGGACAUCCAGCAAGUGCCUCUUGGUCGGCAGGUCACUGAUAUCUCAAGUCGGAUACACACUGGAUAUACACAUCAAAUGGCAUGCUGUCUAUACAUCAUGUACGCUAUUCCAUCUGUCAGAAGCUUUCUACCGGAGAAUACGGAGCAGGAUCUCGAGAAAGGGCUUAUCUUUCAUCUCCGCCACAUCACUGACGAGGACCCCAACUUCAAGACAUCCUUUUGGCCAACGUUCAUCGCUGGAGCUCAAACAAGUGAUCCCAGUCAGCAGGCGUGGAUAAUGGAUCGAAUGAAAAGACAGUCGCGUUUGUUCCCAUGGGGCUUUUUGUAUACGGCGAUGGAAACGCUUGAGCUCAUCUGGAGGCAGCGGGCCAAUACUCCUGAUGGGCUGAACUGGUUGGAGAUUCUGAGAAGUCCCGAAGUAAGCUUUCUGAUUGUGUAG